AACGCAGCUCCUCCACCAAAAAAGGAGAAAGAAACAGAGAGCCCGAAAUCGUUCGAACUCUCCCAGCUCCACACGCCUCCGCCCGCACUCCCCGUCGCCGCCUCCCAUGCAGUCGGCUCCCCUCCGCCUCGCCGUCAUCGGCGCUGGCGCGGCCGGACUAGCCGCCGCCCGCGAGCUCCGCCGCGAGGGCCACGCGCCCGUCGUCUUCGAGCGCGCAGCCGCCGUGGGGGGCACCUGGCUCUACGCGCCCCCGGCCACGUCCUCCGACCCGCUCGGCGCCGCCGCGACGCACUCCAGCCUCUACGCCUCGCUCCGCACCAACCUGCCCCGCGAGAGCAUGGGCUUCCUCGACUUCCCCUUCUCCGCGGCGGCGCCCGGCUCCGCGGACCCCCGCAGGUUCCCCGGGCACGAGGAAGUGCUCCGGUACCUGGAGGCGUUCGCGCGGCGGUUCGAUCUGCUCCGGCUCGUCCGGUUCGAGACGGAGGUGCUCAGGGUGCGGAGGGAGGGCCGCGGGAAGUGGGAGGUGACGUCGAGGAAGCUCGGGGACAAGGGGAGCGGCCAGGAGGAGGUGUACGACGCCGUCGUGGUCUGCAACGGGCACUACACGGAGCCGCGCAUCGCCGUCAUUCCAGGUGUAGAUGCUUGGCCAGGGAAGCAGAUGCAUAGCCACAAUUACCGUGUGCCGGAGCCAUUCCUCGAUCAAGUAGUGAUCAUAAUUGGGGCUGCAGCAAGUGCAGAUGACAUUUCAAGAGACAUUGCAAGCACUGCAAAAGAGGUUCAUAUUGCCGAUAGAUCAGCACCAGUUUGCACCUGUGUGAAGCAGCCUGGCUACGAUAAUCUGUGGCUUCAUUCCAUGAUUGACCGUGCAGAGGAGGAUGGUAGUGUGGUGUUCCAGGAUGGCAGUUCAAUCAAAGCUGAUGUCAUCAUGCACUGCACCGGCUACUUGUAUGACUUCCCAUUCCUUGGAGAUGAUAGCACUAUCACUGUGGAUGACAACUGUGUCGAUCCUCUAUACAAGCAUGUUUUCCCACCAGAAGUGGCUCCUCAACUGUCCUUCAUUGGAUUACCCUGGAAGGUUAUUCCUUUUCCGCUGUUUGAACUCCAAAGUAAGUGGGUCGCAGGAGUUCUAUCAGGACGGAUAGUGCUUCCAUCUAAAGAAGAAAUGAUGGAAGAUGUGAAAGCUUUCUACUCAAAACUAGAAGCACGUGGAUGGCCUAAGAGAUACACUCAUAACUUUUCAAACUACCAGUUUGAGUAUGAUGAUUGGCUUGCUGAGCAAUGCAGCCAUCCACCAAUUGAAGAAUGGAGGAAGCGGAUGUACGCUAUUAACGGGAUAAACAAGGCAAUUCGUCCUGAGAGUUAUCGCGAUGAGUGGGAUGAUGACCAUCUAGUGGCCGAAGCAAAUGAAGAUUUCAAGAAAUAUUUGUAGAAUCUUUUUCAUUCGAUGUGCUUGAGACCGAUCUGCACUGCAAUAAGCAUGAUCAAUAUUUACCUGGUGUGCAUAUAUUGGCCACACAUCCGGGUUAGCAUUUCAUUGAUCAUUCGAUGUAUAUUUCAUUGAUUCUUCAUUGCAAUAAGAAUAACAGAGAAAACGAUUUUGCAAGUG